AUGACUGCGCCAAAUUGCAAAGCUUUGCAAAAUGUAAAAGUAAAAGCGCCCAAUACAGGCAGUAUUGAGGCGCAAAUUAAUCAAAAAUGUCCAAUACGAUUUGCGGAUGUGUCUCCACCCGUAAAUACGCGUAAAGAAAACGAGGAGGAAAGAGGCUCGAGAAUAAGGAACCUACGCAUUGAUAUGGUGGGAUAUGGUCAAAAACCCAUUGUAGCAUUCUUGACUAUAUUGAAAGAAUCCUCAGCGACAGAUUUUGAUGCUCCAUUAGUAGAACAGCCUCUAAAUUCAGCAAAAUAUUUGCUG